AUGGCGGCAGAUUUGAAAAGAUGUGGUGAAAUGUGCUCAAUUGAUUUGAUUGUUCUGUACGAAAACGAUCGUUUAUUUAUCAAGUAUAGUGAUGGCUCAUCUAUUGAACUGUCUCCUUGUGGAUCGGCGUUUGUUCAUCGUCAAACAGCCUUGAGUAGCUCUGCUCAGUUUCGUCAACUGACGAGAUUUGCCGUGAGCUCGUUUCGAUCGAAAAUAAAAGAGGCUAUCAGGAUUCGUAACUUGUUUGCGGCUAGACCAUACCUGUGUAAGGAACUAACAGAUCCACAGGACCUUAAGAUCGGUUAUAAAGAUGUCACGCAGUGUUGUUGGCCUGACGAACCUUCCUCGUGUUUUAUUACAACAAUGUCAGAUGGUUCAGCGUGUGUCAUGUCUGUCGAUGGUCUGGCAAGCUUAACUCUUAUGCCUCACAGACAAACGUUUAUUGUUAAGUUUCUUGCAGAAGUUAGAUACGAUUCAACCAAGAUGAUGGGAAACAAAGUCUCAGAGAUGCAAUGUCAGAAGCAUUAUUUUGCUUUGCACAAAAAAAUUCAUUCAGUAUUUUCCUAUCCUGAGGCAUGGAAAUAUCCUCUCCAACUUGUUCUUGAUGCAGUCAACAACAAAGCCAAAGAUCCUUCCUGCUCCCUGCACAAAGAAACAACUUUGCCAGUGUCUCUGCCUGUCACAUGUAGUGCUCCUCAUCUUCACACAUGGAACAUUCAGAUGCCACAUGAUGAUAGCUGCCUGAACUGGGAGUUCCUCUGGAAGCCAAAAGUUAUUUGGAAAGAUGGAGUUACUUAUAGAGUUUUUUGUCAGUCACCUGGCUUGUUCACCAUGGAGAUUCACCCAGUGGAUGGCUCUGUUAUGAGGUCACAACGACCCAAUGGAAGAUAUUUUGAUCACUGGUUUGUUCAUAAUAAUGAACAAACUGGCUUACAGGAAGUUGAGAUUCAAGAACGAGUUUACUCUGCUGAUAAACCUCUUCCAGACAGAUUACUGCAGACAGAAUAUUCCAUUGGUCGUCUUUUGAAACAGGCCACAAGAUAUAUAGAAUUCCUCAAGAAUGCUGGGUAUCAAGGAGAAGAACGCUGCUGCUGGAAAGAGACAUCCAAAUCCACAACUGUUUUAUCCAAGCCAUCUUGUCCAGUACAUCUUGUGGAUGCUGCAGAUGUUCCGGGAACAGGGAGAUUCAAGGCUUACUCAAAUGGACACAUCAGUGUUGUGUUUAGUGACAGGACAAUCCUGGAUGUAAGGAAUUCAAGUGACCACAAGCAAAAUGAUCUGCAGAACCGUUGGUGUCAGCUAGUUCUUUCAAAUGGGAAUGUUCAGCAGUUUAAACUGAAUGAUGUGGAGCAGUGUGGUUUUUACAAAAGGUAUACAGAAAUGGCUCUGCAUUGGGCAGAGUGGGUAGCUGCCACACCCUCACAAAGGAGAACCUUUUACAAAGACACAAUAUGGGACCCUGAGAGAAGAAGGGCUGUUGACAUUGAAAUGGGAAAAAUUAAGACGUUCAAUUAUAUUCAUAAUCAAAAUCAUGUGGAACAUUUGGUGGGAGAAAAGUUUCAGGAUAUUCAGGAUGCUACUGAGAAUGACAGCACUGAGCCAGGCUCAGGCCAAGGUGACAGGGAAACUAUGAUCAGGAGAGUUCUGGAACAGACAAGUGAGGCCAUAUGUGAAAUUGAUGGUCUGCUAACUACAUUAAAAUGUUCAUCUUGAAGAAAAUGCCUCCUCUCCAAGAUUAAGAAUCAAUUUUGGUGCCUAAAUUGUUGAAUUUUUUCUUAAAAAAAUCUGAUAAUGAUGUACAUGUACGGCUGAUUUCCAUUUCAAAAGUUAUUGCACUUACAACUUACUCUCAUUUCUUCAGCAGCAAACAUUUUUUUUAAAAAACGUUUUGUGUGGUCCUGUGCACACAGAAACUCCACAAAAUCUUUUCCGUAGACUAUGAUUACAAACUUAAGACUUAAAAAUAACAGAUUAGCUGCUUAUUGAGAAGAACUGACCGGCCAUUGGAAAGCAUUUCAGGUGCACAGUAGAAGCUAGCAGAGAUAGGAAACAUUGCAUGUAAUGAGUUAUGCUUGUAGCUAGCCAAUGCUAAAUAAUGCUGACCUAUGGUGUGACUGCCAAAUUAUAGGCUUUCAUGUCUUUUUCUUUUGGGUUGUUGCUGAUGUUUUACCAGUGAGCAGCUCUUCCAUUUCCUUCCAAGAAUGCCAUAAAAGGAGAAAAGGAAUAAUGACCCACAAGCCAUUAAAAAAUACUAAAUAGCACCACAGGUACAAAGCAGAGCUUGUGUCUAAACUAGGGCUGCCUACCAACCAUUCAGGACAAAAUGUCAUCCAACCUGGAAAAAAUAAUGAUCCCUAUUAACAGAAAUAAUUGUUGCAACAUUUAUUAUUUAUCAAUGUAGAAGGAGAAUAAAAUUGUACAUCAUAAGCAGAUAGACAAGAAAUGACAAUUACUAUACCUCCAUACAGCUCACAAACACAGAGAGUGAUCUGUACAAAAUGUCUGUUGAAAUGAUGUGAAACAAAUAAACUUCAAU